UUCAACAAGGAGUAACUCACUGCUGCAGUCUGAAACCAUGGCAGAGGAACUAAGACACAUCUUUGGGAAUAGCACGUUUUCCCAUGGACUUCUACCUUUUAUUGGGCUUCUGCUGAGUGUCUGCACUGGUGUGUGGGCCAACAGAGUUGUGGUUCCUGAGCAGGUGACUGCAGUGCUGGGGAAAAACGUUACUUUGACCUGCAGGGUAGAAGUCAGCACAAACCUCAGCCUGACCCAGAGUUCCUGGGAACGCCGGCUUCCCUCCGGCACCACCACUUUGGCUGUCUUCAACCCCCAGUAUGGGACCUCCAUAUCUGAUGAGUACAGCAAACGGGUGCACUUCAUCAAUCCCUCAGUGCAUGAUGCAUCCAUUGUCCUGCAGGGCAUGGGGUUUGCAGACAUUGGGACCUAUACUUGUAAAGCGGUCACCUUCCAACUUGGAAACAUGCAAGCAUCCACAACUGUGGACAUUAUGGUGGAGCCAAAGGUAUAUUUGUCUCCUGGCCCCUUGUCUCUGUUGGAUGGACGUGGUCAAACUCUGGUGGCGACAUGUACAGCUGAAAGGGCUCGUCCAGCAGCAGAGGUCUUCUGGGAUUCAGACCUGCCAGGCCAGCAGUCAGCAGUCGUCACACAGCAGGAGCCUGAAGGCACUACCACCACUUCAGUCCACUAUGUCUGGGCCCCCACUCGGGAUGCAUUUGGCCGGUCCCUCAGCUGCGUUGUUCGUCACCCGGCCUUAUCCAAGGAUUUCCACAUUCCCUACCGGCUCAAUGUGUUUUUUGUUCCAGAUGUUAUGGUGAUAGGCCUGCAGGACGUGUGGUACGUGGGACAAAAAGAUGUACAGCUGGACUGUCGAGCGAGUGCCAACCCACCUGCUCUUUUGUUCCUUUGGACCAGACUUGACGCACCAAUGCCUGCAGGUUUGGACACAUCUAAUGGCAGCCUGCUGUUUACUCGUCCUUUAGAGCCGAGCGACUCUGGACAAUACAGGUGUGAAGUACAGAACGAUGUCGGGCAGAGCUUUAAGGAUGUACGCUUCUUGGUACAAGAGCCGCCACCAACCACCGCAGCCACCAGCACCAGCACCAGCACCAGCACCAGCAACAGCACCAGCACCAGCACCAGCGCCAGCACCAGCACCAGCACCAGCACCAGCACCAGCAACAGCAGCAAGUCCAUCCUGCCUGACACCAGCUCAACCAUCACAGUUCCCAUCAACCAACAUGCCCACUUCACCGCCCCGACUCGGGCCUCUCCGCCGGACAGCGGCCUGGGCACUAUCCUGGGCGGUGCUGUCGGUGGGAUCCUGAUCCUAGUGUUCCUGAUGGCACUGGUGGGGGCUUUCUACAUGCGACAACGCCGGACAUUCAGAGGAGACUACUACACCAAACAGUACAUCGGCCCAUCCGACAUGCAAAAAGAGUCACAAAUGGACGUCCUUCAACCCCAUGAGCUUCAGGACGUUUAUGGAGAUGACUCGGGCAACGGCAGCCAAGACUUGAAGCCCAUUCACGAAGGAGGCAUUAUCUAUCCCGAUUAUUCCAAUGACCACAAAGACACGGAGGGCUGGGAAGACAAUCUCAGCCUUCAGAGAGAGAGCUCGUAUUACUCUGACCAACACAACCAUCAUAACGUGAACCCCAGCGGGCCACCGCUACACAACGGCUCCCCUUACCUGCAGGACGAGUGCUACGACAACGGCACGGACAGCGACUACGUGUCUCACGUCGAUGGAUCUGUGAUUUCAUGCAGGGAAUGGUAUGUUUGAAAAGACUGGGGAACUUUAACUGGACAAAAAUAAUUUAAAAUCAGCGAGAAAGUGUUAUUUAACUCAGCAGAGUGAGAUAAAGUGUAUGUUAUAAAUGUAUUUUAUGUAUUCUUUAUGGUUGGUUUACGAUUUCAUCCUCAUGUUUUACACAUAGCAAACGGCUGUAAUUUACUGCAGAUAUGUUCUGGAUGGUUUUCGUUCAGUGGACCGCUGCCACUGAAGGAUGUAAAGGGAGAGGUUUACAUGGUUUAUGAUCACAGGGUGGAUUUACACAAAGAAAACAUGUCUGCUAAAUUUAAGCUACACUGUGUGCAUAUUUCAGUUACCACAUUGCACAUGACUGUCAGCUUUAAAACCAGGUGCAGGGUAUUCUUGGUUCCUUCCUCUCAACUUUUUUUUAUUUUUAUUAAAUAUAUACAUAUGACUUCUCCAGUGUAGGAGCAAAACAUCACUUUAUUUUCACAUGAAGAGACACAUGAACUGAUUUCGAAAGUCUUGAGUCAUACGUUUUUAUUGCACAGAUUUUUUUCUUUUCUUUUUAAAUCAGUAUUUCUAUUUUGUUUUUGAGGAAAAAAUAUCUUAAUCUAUUAGAAUAUAUUAAUAUCAUAUUAUGAUAAAUAAUAGAAAUAUCUUGAAGAUAUUUUUUGAGAAGCAAAAAUUGCAUGAGAUAGCAUACUUCAGUGUUCCAUGGAAGAAGGUUCUUGUAUUUAUUAUUAUUAUUAUUAUUAUUAUUAUUAUUUUAAGCAUAAAAAGAAUGCUUGUUAUUUUAAAGCAAAAAAAAAUAAAAUAAAAAUACUAAUAAUAAAGUUAUGUUUAAAAUAAUAAAAAAACAACAGCGGGGUAAGAAAAAUAAACAUAAAUCAUUUAAA